CUCGACUCCGUUGAGGCGAUUCGAAGUGCAUCUGCGCUUACUUUGGGUAGCUUUGCAGAAUUGAGGAAGAGAGCGGGUGUCAGUUUGUCUUUGUCGAUUCUCCGAAACUGUACGAGCUCACGUACACGUGAUCUGGCAUUGGUGUGCAAAAGUGGAAUGAGGAGUUUCCGGUGCACCCAGAGCCCGGUCUGGUAACAUUGCUGGUGCAGUGGCACUGCAUGGCCGUUCGUCGAGUGGUUCGUGAGAAAUUAGUGUGCAUUUAAUUCGUUACUUUUGAUUUUUCUGCAUGAACACCGUUGAGGGUCAGUGAUGACCUCGUACACGUUGUCGAAGAAGACGUUUACGCCCAUACCACCGGAGAAGGGCAGCUUUCCACUCGAUCAUGAGGGUAUCUGCAAAUUGGCUAUGAUCAAGUAUAUGAAGUGUUUAUACGAAAAUCGUAACGAAAACACGAUGUGCAGAAGCGCCGCGAAAGAUUAUCUUGCUUGCCGAAUGGAUAAUCAAUUGAUGGCGCAGGAAGAAUGGACCAAUAUGGGUUACGCUGAUCAGGUCAAGGAGACAUAACAGCAAC